AUGUCAUCAAAAACAGUGUAUUUCGUUUCAGGCGGCAACAGAGGCAUCGGCUUCGGGCUUGUAAAAAAACUUUCGGCAAUCAAAAAUUCUCUGGUUAUUGCCACUUCUCGUACACCGGAAAAGUCUACGGAACUUCUUAAUUGGAAAAGUGAACACCCCAAUGUUCAUAUUCUCAAAUACGAUGCUACUGUUCACAGCGAUGCUGAUCACUUAGCAAAAGAAAUUGGCAAGCUUGCUGAUGGAAUUGACGUCUUUGUUGCCAACUCUGCCACCUCCGAAAUUCCCAUGACUGUUCUCGAGACACCUAUUGAGUCAUGGACUCGUCUGUAUAACGUCAAUACUUUAGGACCCAUUGUCCUCUUCAAGGCUUUGUAUCCAUUGAUUGUCAAACGUCAGACUCGCAAAGUCCUAUUUGUAAGCAGUGGAUUAAGCUCACAAAAUUCGCUAUCUGCUGCUAUUAGUUCAAGCUCUUAUGGUCAAUCAAAGUCUGCUCUUAACUUUACGGCAAAGGAACUCAGUCUUGAGCUUGCCAAGGAAAAUUUCAUUGUGAUUCCUAUUUAUCCUGGUCUAGUUGACACUGAGAUGGGUAGUGGAUUCGUUGAUAAUCUUGGCAAGCGAUCCGACGAGUCCAACAGAUUGGCCGAUACUAUGAGAUCAAAUAUGAUGAUAACUGUCGAACAGAGUGCCUCAGCAGUCUCUGACAUUAUUGAAUCUCUGUCUAAUGAGGAUAACGGCAAGUUCCUGAAAUACGACAGAUCUAUUGUUCCCUGGUAG